AGAGAGAGAGAGAGAGAGAGAGAGAGAGAGAGAGAGGAUAAAAACGUGAGCCUACCCGUCAAUGACUUUUAUAGGCUAACGCAAGACACAUGGACCCGAUCACCUCCUUUUAUACUCUAUCUAAUUAUGUGCUUUGUUCUAAUACAAUACUUAAAUAGCUACUCAAUGAGAACAUGUAACGUAAAAAGAAAUAUCGACACAGCUGUUUGAGCAGAAUGAAGUUUGCGUCUAUAUCCGGUUAAACACUUUGUUCUACACAAGGCAGAAUACUAACACUUAUAUAAAAACCAGCUGACUAAUGCAUGUACAAGGUACGUGUAUACGUUACAAAGCACAUAGCUGUAAAUUUAACUCGCUACAUAUUAAACAGAAAGUAGGAAUUCCCAAUUGUCUAUUUUUAUACUUGUUGUGAAAUACCCAGUUUCUAACGAGCAAAGAAUAUCAGUGCUGUAGGAAAACGACCGUUUACUGUCAAUUGUUGCAUGAAUACAGUACUCCGACAAUUCAAGUCAUUGUACUCGGUCUGAUGAGAAACUUUAAUAGACAUCGUAUGAAACACCACUUAGUGUAUGGGCAGCAUAGGCUGCUUCCACUGCAGUGAAAGGACAAUACAGGAAUUAACAUGCUUCAGAAUCAUUUUUGGAAGGAUGUGUCGUUCGUGAAAUGUGGGAUUAUAUGAACUUGUGAACUGGCAGUGUGUUAAAUACAUGUACUCUCGUGUAAUUUGGGUUACAUUUGCAUAAAAUGAUACAGGUAAACAACCCAUAUAUAGUAAAUAUUCAACUGACGACAUUCUUGAAGGAAUUUUCUAAACGUCACCGAGAGCUACUAGUUCCGUGGUAUUUCACAACAGGCCAUGUAUGGCCCGUACUCAAGUCUGACAUGCCUUCUGUAAGAAUACUUAAGAAUAGCUAUACAGCUGAAAUAGGAGACCAAGUGACACUGAACUGUUCUGUUUCGGCAUUUCCAUGCAUUACAUCGGUUUCCUGGCAACAGGUUUUGCCCGAUGGGCGUAUCGAACAGCUGGAUAGAAGUCUUGACAAAUAUAGAGGAUCAAACUCGAGUGACCCAAGCUUAGUAAUCAACGACAUUAAGAAAUAUGACCAAGGCGAAUAUACGUGUACCGUCUCAAGUUGCAGGAAAAUACAGAGUGCAUCAACUAAGCUCACAGUGAAUGGGGGUCCUCCUGUGCUGAAUAUGAACCCAAACUCUCACUCAAAAACAGAAGGAGAUGUUGCUGUUCUGAAAUGUAAUGUUAUUGCAAAACCAACAGCAACCGUUGUCAAAUGGUCGAAAGGAGGAGAAUUUAUUGCAAUCGACAAUGCUAAAUACAUUGGUGGUGCAGUAACUUGUCCAUCACUUGUUAUUACUAAUGCCGAAAUGGAACAUGACGAAGGCGUUUACACUUGUGUGGCAGAAAAUAGCGAGGGACAAGGGGGUAAAAAUGUGACCUUGACUAUACAAAGUAGAAAGGAGGAACCUGAAAAAAGUCUAAUCGACGAGCACAUCCCAGACACGGUUACCAAGGAACGUAUUGUAAUCCGACAUGGACACAUGGUGAACGAUUUAUCUGACUUUAUCUGUCCUGAAGAAAAAGUCAAAUGGGACAAAUUUAAAGAAUUGCUAAAAGCGUUUAUGCCUCCGAGAGAACUUUCAAAAAACUUCCACGAAAUUAUAGACUACCUCAUGCAACAGGAACACAUUGACUACGGUCGUUAUGACAAACUGUUUGAAGUUGUUUAUAAAACACAUAAAAACGUCUCACACAUUAUUAGGAAGGCAGAAACUGAUAUAAGAGUACUGGAAAGAGGAGUGACCAGCGAAGAACCAGUCGUCAUAGAAUGCGUCUAUGAUGGUGAAUACAAAUCAGAAUUACUAAAUAAAUGGGUCAGCCAAAUAGAAGCAGUGUUGCCGCAGCUCAAAUGCAGAAUUAGAGGGAUCGGCUGGUCAGGUUCAAUUGUCCUUACGCUGACAAUCAGCGGCGCUGAGACACCGCACGAACUGUCUGCAUUGUACUUAGCAGAGAAGGUGAAAGUGUAUUUACAAAAAGAAAGGAUUGUAUUGACGGAUGAAUCUGGCGAACCUCUAAAACCACAGACUACACCGAAAGUAAUGAUACCGACAAAAGAAACACCAACCGUACGCUUUAGUAAAGGAUAUUACCAAUUCGCAGAAGGAGAAACUGCUAUUGUGAGAUGUGCUAUGGUCCCAAACUCGGAGGUUGAAUGUAUUGAGUGGUUUAGGGUAAAAGAUGGAACAUAUCAUGCUAUCCGCAUUAACAAUGAGAAAUAUUUCGGCGGACCAAAAUCGUCAUCCCUUGUUAUCAGCGAUUUGAACGAAGUUGACAAAGGAACGUAUAUCUGUAGGACUAGCAAUGGUGCAAGUAAAGCUGAAAGCGAUAUUGCGUAUAUCGAAGUACAAAGUUCAGAUUCAAAUCCUAAGGUAGCAGCCAUGCUAGAAGGUACCCAGAACAAAAUACAAGAAGAAAUGAAGAAAGGGUUCAUACUCACGAAAGGUUUCCGCGAUGCUCAACAACGGCUUCUCAAAAACCGGGUCGUGGUUUUAAAGGGAAACACGGGAGAUGGAAAAACAGUCACCGCCGUUCAACUCCUCCAUUGGCUGCGAAAGGAACAACAAGGUAUAUACCCCCUACAAAUAAAUAACUUUGAAGACUUGGAUUUGGUGACUGCAUUGUCACAAUGCACUAUAUUUAUUGAUGAUAUAUUCGGAGAGAAAGACGUGGGUGCAAACGAUGUAUGUGAAUGGCAAAAAAGGAUUAAAUCUGUUCUGCCGACACUUUGUGAGCUUGGCAAUUACCUCCUUAUUAAUGUCAGUAAUGAGGUUUUCAAUUCUUUAAAAAGAGAUUCUUCAGAAACUGUUUUUAUUAAAUCAAACAUAAUAGAUCUCAGCUCAAAUGAGUACAAAAUCGAAAGUGAAAGGGUAGCUCUUUUGGAGCUUUAUGAACCAAAACAUAAUGCAUUUUCAUGGACUGACACAGAAAAAGAGGACGUUGUCGAAUUUGGUAUAGGUGUUGGAUUCCCACUUUGCUGUCGGUUGUUUAGAGACGAUCCUUGCUUGCAGGAAGAGAGAGUCAAUUUUUUUAGGAGACCUUUUUCUUUUUGGAAUAACGCGUUGUCAAAAUUAGGUCAUUAUGCUGCCCUUUUCUUCCUCUUUAUCAACGGAGAUGAACUUAUGGAAAAAGACCUAGAUCCAAAAUGUAAAAGAGGCAAUAAGAUAUUGUUGGAGGAAUCAUUUGAAAUUGAUUCAAUGUGUUCUGGUGAAGACAGAACUAAACUGACCCACAAGGAAAAAAAAGAGUUUGUACAGAAAUAUUUAGACACAUUAUUAGGCUUUUUGGUAGUGAAAGAGAGAAAUUAUGCUGGAGAUGAUGUGUAUAAAUUUUAUCAUGACUCCAUACAUGCAACAGUUGCACUGUUAUAUGGAAAAAACAAACCAAUUGGCUAUAUCAAGAACUGCCCUAGAAAAUCUCUUCUUCAUCUAACUACCUCAACAUUCUCAAAAAACAUGAUUGCCAUUUCACCUGACCUUUAUAUUGACAUGUAUACACGUCUUCUCCAAGAGAUUAAAAUACAGACAAAUCAUGAUCAUCCUACUAUUGACUCUUUACAAGUUUGGACUGAUAGUCAAUUUCUAGAAGGAUUUAUCAAAUGGCUUCAUGAUAUCACUCAUUUAAGUGAAAUUAAGAUAUUAAACAAAAUGUGUUCUUCUGGUGUUGAACUAUGUGCUUUACAGCUGCUGUCCAAUGGUGUCAAACCUGACAAAGACACACCAUUUUGUGUCAUUGAAGGAGGAAAUUUGAAAGUGUUAUGUAAACUACUAGAAUAUGACAUCACUACUACAGCAAGAGCAGCCAGUUCCAAAUCAUCACAUGAUGUUUAUAAUAUCAAUAUCCUACAUGAGGCUUGUGUAUUAGAGAGAGAAAAGAUGGUGCGCAUGUUAUGUGAUAAUUUUCCGCACUUAGUACAUGCCACUGAUAGCUUGAAACAAAGCACUCUCCAUCUUGUUGCACUUACAGGAAACUGUAACAUAUUUGACAUUGUUGAGAAAACUGUACUCAAGUCAUUGUGUAGAGUUGAGGAUGCAAAACACACAUGCGAGUCAGCGGAUGAUUGUUUGGUACAUAGGAAUUGUGUGUGUGCUCAGUAUUUGGCUCAGUUAGUGAGCAGGGACGAAAGAACAGUGUUACAUUCCAGUUGUAAGGGUGUACAUCGUGAGCUUUGUUUGUAUUUAUGCCAGUCGUAUCCAAUAUUAACCACAAUUGUUGAUAAGUACGGCUGCCAUUGUUUACAUGACAUUGCUAGGUAUUCGCCAGAUGUAGACAUGUUCACUGAGUGUCAAAUGCAGGUAAAACAGUAUCUAGAAUCAACAGGACUUACGUAUGAUAUCACAACUUUGCUUGACAAUUUAGGGAGAACAGUUCUACAUAAAAGUUGUGAGGGUGAGCACAAUGAGCUUUGCUUAUACCUUUGCCAACAAUAUCCAGCACUAUCUACACUUGCAGACAAGUUCGACAACCAUUCUCUACAUUAUAUUGCUAAGUAUAUGGCAGAUCAAGAUAUAUUCACUAAAUGUGAAGCUCAUGUAAAACAGUACUUUGAAUCAACAGGACGUACGUAUGACAUCACAGCUAUACUUGACUAUUUAAAGAGAACCGUGUUACAUAAAAGCUGUGAGGGAGGGCACAAGGAACUUUGUCUGUAUUUAUGUCAGUCAUAUCCAAUCUUAACAAGAUGUGUUGAAAAGAACGGCUGGCACUGUCUUCAUUUUAUAGCUAGGUAUACGCCAGAUGUAGACAUGUUUAUUGAGUGUGAAACUCGUGUGAAACAAUAUCAAAAAUCAAUAGGACGGAUGUAUGACAUCACAACAAUACUUGAAAACAGGGGGAGGACAGUGUUGCAUCACGCUUGCAAAGCUGAGCACAAGGAGCUUUGCUUAUAUUUAUGCCAGUCGUACCCAGCAUUAACAGAUGUGGUUGAUAAAAACGGCUGGCACUGUCUACAUUACAUAACUAGACACAUGUCAGAUAUAAACAUGUUCAUCGAGUGUGAAACUCAUGUCAAACGGUACAUAGCAUCAACAGGACGUAUGUAUGACAUCGCAACCAUACUUGACAAUGACGGAAUGACAGUGUUACAUAAGAGCUGUGAUGCUAGAAACAAAGAGCUGUGCUUAUAUUUAUGUCAGACAUAUCCAGCACUAACAGAGGUUGUUGAUAGAAAGGGUUGUCAUAGUCGUCAUUACAUAGCUAAAUGGAUGUCAUAUGUCAAUGUGUCGACGUAGUGUGAAACUUAUGUACUCUAUUACCAAGAAACAACAGGAAGUAGGUAUGACAUCACAACCAUACUAAACAUAAACGUAUCACUAGUCAAUCGUGAAGGUGGUGUGAAAUUUUCAUACGAAACAUAACAGACCUUAUUAAGUGUUUAAAAACUGUCAAUCAUCGAUGAACCUCCAUUCAGUUCACCAUGUAUAUGUACUAGUACUGUACCUGAUAGUGCAACCUCAUUAUUGAUAGUUUUACAGUCAUUUUAGUGAUGUGUAACGUGCAGAGAAAAACUAGAUAAAGUUUAGAUACAUUUCAAAAUAUACCGAUCGGUUAUUAAAUAAGUAUACGAUGUAACAUAUUUCACUCCAGCUUUCCGUAUUAUUUUUCAUUCUGUAACAUCGAUCAACCGAUCUCCACUAUCGCACAUAUGUUCUAGCUUGCAGAUUCAACGCACGGAUGGUUAUUUGAACUUAUAUCAACCGUUGCUCUUAUUCUGUCACCGGUUAUCAUUUAUACAUUUUUGAUUUUUUUAAUACAUCUUACACAGGCGAACUGCUGUAAAGCACGCCUAUCGGAAAUACAUCCUUCAGACAGGGAUUUAAAAAGUUACAUUAAUGACUUCGAUAUUUACGGUACAUUAAGGGACAAACUAAAGAAUGACCUUUCUUUGUUCAUAGUUACUUGUAUUUUUUUUGAUGAUUUUAUGCUCGAAUAGCGGUUGUGUUGCAACUUUGGGAACCUCUAGUUUAAAAACGCUCACACCUUAUGGUUAAAACUGAAUAUUUCUGGCUAGGUCCAUGUUGACAAUCGUUUUGCCCCUUAGUGUAAUACAUUUUACCCUGAGGUGUAAACAUGAUCAUAAACCUAUUUUAGGAUCUUCAAAGUUAGAAGAAAGUUUAAUACUUGUAUUGGUAAUAUAUUGAACCUGACAGUGCUCUUCAGGCGACAAGGUUAAUCGGCGACCAUUCAAAUAUUUUUUGCGUCAAAGUUAAAAUUUACAUAACGAUAUGAAUUAUCCCCGAUUACGCUAACAAUAUGAGGGGAAAACCAGAGGAGUUUCCGAUUUAUGAACAUUCUUUAGUGAAAGCCUCUCGAGGUAUGUUAUAAUACCAGAUUUGAGUGGGUUGUUUCUCUUCAGACUGAGCAUCUGAAUUGAAAAUGUGUUAGUUUUACAAAUGCAUCUGAACUAAUUGCAUGUAUAUAUUAUAUAAUCAAUAUAUGCGCCUGACAUUUGACAUAUUUCAUUUAUAUAUAUAAUUGAUGUGUAUGAUUUUUGAAUCCACACAUGUAUUAUUAUGAGUAAUGUGCCGGGACAUGGAUAUACUCGAUGUACAAAUUAUUACAAUUCGUGUCUCGUAGUGUUGACAUACUACAUGUUUGCAUUAUAAGGAAAGAUGUUCCUUAACUUUGAAAUACCCAUUACACAUAUAUUUGAUUCGACUGCAGUUUCAUAUACUACAUGUACAUAUUAUUAUAAGUAAUGUGACUAAACCUUUGACAUAUUCGUUGUAACUUUUAAUAUGACUGAUGUAUAUAAGUAUAAUGUUUGUGCAUGAAUUUUGACUUACUACUCUGUAAAUUCCAUAAAUGAUGCCCCUGAACUUUGACUAAUCACCUUUACCAUUUCAUUGGUGUAAGUCACGUAACCCUUGUGUUGUGUUGUGUUAUUAUGCUUAAUUUAAUUUGACGAUUAUGACCAGGACUUCAAAGCAGCAACAUUGCAGGUCUGCCUUGUUGUUUGAUACCGGAUAUAAGCCUCUGAUUCCUUACAAAAUAUGAAAAAGAAAAUAAGAAUUCUUUGGACAACCUAUGUCGUUAUUACUAGAAAGUCAAACUUAAUUACGACACAUUAUCUCAUUAUAACAGCAAAACAAGUCGUCAUUACCACAUCAGAGGUCGUUAACUAGAUAAAGCAUGCCGUUAGUACGACUUAACAUGAUUUAUUUGAGACAUGUGUCAGCUCCGCUUCAAAUCAAAAUAUAUAACUAAAUUUUCCAAAUGCAAUUGACUUUUACCAAAUGGCUAUGUUUGAAAAAUGUGAGGUGCGUGAUGGGAGACAUUAAAUACUUGCUGCAUGAAUGUGUUGCACUUUUGAGAAUUUAAAUGCCUUAUACGUGAGGUAAACACCAGCAGUGAUGUCUUCGAGAAAACGAUUUUAAAACUUAGAUGUUUGAAUAAUGAACCAAACAUCAACAGUUAAGAUUAAGAUAACAAACGUUUAUAUCAAAUUAUCCAUUAUAAUUGUGACCAUAAUCACAGUUCAAACACAACAAAAGAAAUAUUGGAUAUAAUUGUAUAGUUUGACAACAUAUAGUUUGGAAUAAUGAGAUAAAACGUGAGUAAUAAUAAAGGGUUUAUAAAUAAAUGUAAUUAUUUAUGUAAAUUUGAGCGUGUGAUUGCUUCUUGAUGGUAUAUAUAUAUAUAUCAAAGAUAGGUUUACAACAAGUAAGCUAUUCAGUUCAGUGAUUGUUUGUUGCCUUCAUCGGUUCAUAGCUUAUAAUACGUAAAUAAUAUCACAAUUAACACCAGCAUUUGCGCUAUUUCAGACUACAGCUUAAAUUUUACGACUGUCAAUGGCUAGUAAAUUAAAAUCGUUAUCUUUUCGAACAACAACUAUAGGUUCCUUAACUUUCGACUCAUUUGAUAACUGAAAGAGGUUCGUAAACAUAUUUGGCGGGUAGCACUCUGGACCUGAUUUAAUUAUUUUUUUAAAUGACGUCACUGAACAGACAUUUAUUCAGAUUUUAUAAAUCUGUUAACAUUAUAUAAAAUCAACAUUUCUUGCAAAAUUUGUGGUAUUUCAGAAAUUUGUUUUUGUUUAUGUUUUGAUUCUCAAUCUCAUAGACAAAAUACGUUAUUGUUACCUCAUUGGUACAUUUCUAAAUGAUGUCAUUAUUAUUGUUAAUAUUUACGCUGUUUCAUACAAGAACGUUGAUGUAAGGAAUGCUUUUCUCUAAGAUGUUGUUAAAAGUGUAAGCUAAAUAUAAUGUUAGUUUCUAGACUAAUUUAUAUUUGAAGACUUAUACAAUAUUGUUGGCAAUUUCAUGUUAUCGACAACACAUAUUUUUGCUGCGAUGUUAAUCAAUAUGUUAAUACAUAUCUGUUGUCAGUAUUUAUGACAAACGUUACGAUGUUUCAUAUUUACACUUUAAUGUAAGGAUUGUCGAUCUUAUUUCAUAAAUGUAAGGUUUGUUGUUCAUCGAUCUUAAAUUUUCCUGUUAUAAAGAUAAUAUUUAUGAUAUUUUACACUAAAACUUUUGUCAUUCUACUAAAUAUCACAAAUUAUUGUUAAAUCGCUGAUCGUCAAUAUUAUUUAUAUAAAAUUAUUAUUAAGAUCUAAAAUAUUAACUAAUAUCUCCAUUUCUGGUAAUUGAUUUCC